UUGUUUACCCGCGGUGCAUGUCGGGGCGGUCUCCUUUGGCAACGCAGGCCCUCGCGCUGCCCCGGGGCGAUGCCGCGAGGGCGCGGUGGCGGUGGCGUGCGCCAGAUCCCCGCCGCGUCCGCGCCCUUGGCGAGUCCCAGCUACUACGAAAGGGUGGGCCAGCUCCAGCAGGCGCUGCGGGACAGUGAAAAGAAGAGAUUUGACCUGGAAGACAAGCUUUAUGAAUACAAUAAGUCUGAUAAGUGCAGAGCUAAGCUGAAAUGUGCAAAACUAAAGAAAUACCUGAAGGAAAUAUGUGAAUCUGAAAGGAGGGCUCAUGUCCGAAACCAAGGAUAUUUAAAGAAGUUCGAAUGUGUCCAGACUUAUGUUGAACACUUGACCACAAAUACAGAGAAGCUUCAAAAACUGAAGACUGAAUAUGAGGCUGAAAUAAAGAAGAUGCACCUACUGUUAAAAGACAGCCUGGGAAUGAAAGAUGAAGACAGAGAAAAGGAUGCAGUGCAGGCAGGAAUUAACUCAGGGACAGCCAUGUCAAGAGGAUUGUAUCAACCAGCAACAAUCUUUAUGGGCCGCCAGAUGUCAGCCAUCUCAAGCAUUGACGAUUUCAGUACACAGCAGAAAUCUAACCAGCCCACAAAGAACUGUUCAAUUCCUGACCCACAUUCACACCAACAGACAGCCCAGAGCAGCUGUGUGACAGACAGCUGUGUAGUACAAACUAAUAGUGACACACAGUGCUUAAAUAAGUCUGACAAAAUAGAUGGAAAGACAUCUCUUCAGAUUGGUGAGCAAACGCCAGUCACAAGCCAUGUAUUGUCUGAGGAAGAACAAACUCAUUGCUUGGAGAUAGGGAGCAGCACACGUCACAGCAAGAGUAAUUUAUCUGAAGGCAGAAAGUCUGCUGAACUCCAUUCCUCGUUACAGGAAAGAUUAAGUCCAGAGAACAGAACCACUGAUUUAAAGUGUGACAGUUCCAGCAGAUCAGAGGGAUCAGACGGAGAAAUACUGACACAAGAACAUAUUGAAGUCGGGGAAGAAAGAGCUAGGCCGCCGGUCCCCAUGCUAUCAGUUUCAGAACACCGUGCAUCUGCAAAUAAGUGGGCUGGAGAGAGGCAUUCUGCUUGGGAAGGUUUCUCAGAUGCUCUUGCUCAUGGGGACCCAAAGUCACAAAAGGCCUUUCUGAAAAUGCAGGAGGAGCAGCAGGAGGAGGAGGAAAGUUCAUGCAGCAGCAGUGACCUCACAGUUUCUGUCAGUGAAGAUGAUCUCAUUUUGGAGAAUCUGGAGUCCUUGCCAAAUCCAGGAGCCAAGAUGGAGGGUGAAGAUGGAAGGCAGGCCUCACGAUCAGGCUACACCGAGCAGCAAAGAGAUCUACUCUUCACUGAUUACGGUUUGCACACCCAAAGCUUUCCUGAUUCAGAAAGGGAGUCCUCCCCAGACUCACCGAGACAAUCUGAACAAGUACCAGAUUGGCACUUAUUGAAGACACAAGGACAGUGUAUGAAGGAACGUGAUAAUUCUUCUAAAGAAGAGGCCACAGCAUUAUUGAAAAAAGUCCUUACAGAAGAAUGUGACCAUAGGUCAGCUAUUCACAGCAAUGAAUCAUCUUGCAGCAUGCCAUCUAUUCUGAAUGACAAUAAUGGAAUAAAGGAAGCAAAACCCGCUCUGCGGCUCAACAGUGUUCUUACAAGGGAACAAGAAGUUUCAAGUGGCUGUGGAGAUGAGAGCAAGGAGGAAAGCAUAGCUGCAACCCCAGCCACAGUAAUUAAAUUGCCUGAAACCAAUGUUUUAAAAAUGUUCAAGGUAGGAAAUUUGCUCAUGCCUCAGAUACAAAAGCCUGUCUGGAAAUUUAAAAUUCUCACUAAUCAUGCUUCAUCUAUCAAGACAUACUAAGACUUCUGCACAUGUAUGAACUGUGUUUAUAGGUGGAAUCUGAAUUGUAUCAUUACAGUUUUUAGGCUUAAAAUAUCAGCAAGCAGCAAUUAGUAUUCUGAACAGAACCUUAUUUGUUGUACAUCUAAAUUUUCUAGAUCCUUAUUUUGUGAAGUGGUAUGUUGCUUCAUUAUAAAUUCCAAGGUCUGACUUUAAAUAUUUAUACAAGUAAACACACCAUUGCUGAGGUACUGAGCAUGCAUCUGCAUAUGAGAUAGUUUUGUUUUCGCUUACAAGCAAAAAUGAAUGGCUUGCUUUUAUGGUAAUAUAAUUCACGGCAUGAUGAUUUUUAAACUCAAGUUUCUGUUAUGAACUCUUGUUUUGAAAAUGGAGUUUAUAGCAGAGCAGUUACUAUGUGUAUAUGUAACAUUUCACUCCAAAUACAGAGAUUUUCUUCAGUUUUAAAUAUUUUUUCCCAAUGAUGUUCAUUGUGUUCUUAUUUGUCAUUUUAAGAAAAUUCUGAUAGGGUUUCCUCUGAUUUUUUUUUUGUUUUUGUUGUUGUUACUAGAAGUAUAGAUGAUCCUAAGCUGCAGAUAUUCAUGAAGUUAUUUAGUUAUCUUUUUAAUAUAUUUACCUUUGAGUGCAGAAGUAUUUAAUGGCCUCUGAAUGUAUUUCAAUUAGGAUUAUAAACUGUGAUGUUUACAAAGAAUCAUCUGUAAACUUAUUUAAAAUAAGUUGUAAUUUUAACAGCCCACCCUCCAUCUAUCAAUAGUUGACAGAGAAUACCAUGCCAUAGCCUGCUAAGGUAUUGGCCAUUAUAAAAUAGCACAGGAGAGCUGGGUCUGAUGGAGG